AUGAACUUGUUCCGACUCUUUGGCGACUUAUCCCAUCUGGGGUCCAUAUUUAUUCUGCUGCACAAGAUCCAGACGACGCGUUCAUGUCGAGGUAUCUCAUUCAAGACACAAGCGCUGUAUGCGGCCGUGUUCAUCACCCGCUACCUCGACCUCCUCUAUGAAUGGGUAUCCUUGUAUAACUUCACGAUGAAGCUCUUUUUCAUCGGCACCAGUUGCUACAUCCUCUACCUCAUGAAGGUCAAGUACCGGCCAACGCACGACCCAUCGAUAGACACGUUCCGUGUCGAGUACCUCCUAGGACCGUGCGCGUUCCUCGCCCUCAUCUUCCACUACAGGUUCACGAUCCCCGAGCUCCUGUGGUCCUUCUCCAUCUUCCUCGAGUCCGUCGCCAUCCUCCCCCAGCUCUUCCUCCUCCAGCGCACGGGCGAAGCGGAGGCCAUCACCACCCACUACCUCGCCGCCCUCGGCGCAUACAGGGCACUCUAUAUUCCUAAUUGGAUGUACAGGUACUUUACUGAUGAUAUGGUUGACCCCAUCGCCGUCACUGCCGGCCUCGCGCAGACCGCGCUCUACCUCGACUUCUUCUACGUCUACUUCACCAAGGUGCUGCAGGGACAGAAGUUCGAGCUGCCAGCAUGA